UUUUUUUUUUUUUUUUUUUUUUUUUUUUUUUUUAAAUCCUUUUGCUGGUUGGUUUCGAGGGGCAAGCAGACGCUAAUACCAGAUUGGGACUGGUCGACUUGUCUGGCCCGAUCAAGUUUGCUGAACCUGACAGUGAGUAAAAUAAAAAUAAUUGAAGGAAAAGUUCUAUUCAAUUUAAGAGGAAAGAGGAAAUUGGAAAUUUUCUAGACAACAAACACAGUAAUAUUAGAGGUCCAUGGAGGGGUAAACGAUCUCAAUGGAGUCCUGUUUGCUGGUUCUAUUCUUCUUCUUAGUAUUAUUUUUCACUAUUUUCAUACCCGGAAACGUCCAAUCUUACAUAAGUUUGGACCUUCUGCCUGAGUGGCCAGGCUGCCCAAUGCAAUCCAUCAGGGGUGAUCGGCCAACCAUGCAGACCACCCUCCGUCCAUGGGAUUACCGCCGUAAUACCACAAUGACCCAUAUACAAACGGAAUCCCAGAAGCAUAUGACCGAUACAAAACCGACGUGUAUUAUUGAUCAGAUUAUCGGUCGCCUGGCACUUCCCGUGGUGCCACUUCAACUUUUUGUCUCCCCAUCGCGCAUUCACUGCCUUUUAUAUCUAUCGACCGACUCGCUCUCGUGCCUACCGGUGACGCUCUCUCUACCUGCGCCGACUGUCUUGAUCAGCUCCGAAUUGAUCCCAGUCAAUUCUGCGAUUCAUCCCAUCGUCGGACCUCCAACGUCCGAACGCAUCUCCGGCCCCUCGGUUCGUGCAUUCUCCGUUCGCCUCCCCUAAUUGUGGAUCGCGAAAGAUCCGGAUCCAGGAACCGCGGCCCUUCUUGUAUACUACCAGUUCUUUUCUUUCUUUCUUUCUUUCUUUC